CGUCAAAUUAGUCUUUCUCAAAAGUCAAAAGUUCAAAACAAAACAAAACGUGGACGUGACGUGCUGGGUUGUUGUGAAUAUUAAAUGAACUGCGUUUAAUGUAUUAGAAGAGUUACAAUGAAUACUCAAAAAGAAAUAGUACAAUCAACUCUAGCGAUGUCGCUAAAAGUUAUUCGAAUGUACGACUGGCUUCUGGACUUAUACGUAUUGGACUUCUUUGUUGAUAAACACUGGGACAAACUUCCGCAAUGUUGGCGCGAUACCUUCGAACAUAUGGAUCCACAACAUUUGGGUUACAUUCUCUCCAACAAACCUUCUAACUUUAAUACGGUGCUACCGUUAUCAUUCUUAGCCUUAAUCAAAUCAAUAGAUGCAUUAACCUUACCACGCGAAAAUCAUAGUAAAAAUAUAAGUAAAAAAGAGGUUUAUGAUGUUGACACUUGCAAAAGUAAUUCAAAGUUAAAGAAUUUAUUUUUAAAACACGUGAAGUUAAAAAAGAGACAUGAAAUUAGUCUGAUGGCUGAAAUAGUGGUGGAUACAGCUUUGGAGACAGGCUGUAAGGCUGUCAUAGACUUUGGCUCAGGUUUGGGUCACUUAGUGCGAGUGCUGGCUUACCGAGAGGAUUUGUAUGCAGCCGGGAUUGAGUGCCAGACACAACUGACGGAGGAGGCUAGGAAACUUGACUUACAACUAGAGUAUACAGCCAAGAAGCACCUUUCCGUUGAAGCUGUAUCCAAACUCCAUGGUCCACUGCACUUCAAUGUUACAUUGUCAAGUAACAAACAGCUAUUGGAACUGCCAUUACCAGAGACAAUGAAGAACUAUGGCCUAAUAGGCCUCCAUCCUUGUGGGGAUUUGGGGCCCCUAUUACUGAAACACUUUGUUGAAACAGAUCACAUAAAGUUCUUGUGUGUUGUUGGCUGUUGUUACAUGAAGUUGUCAUGUGGUGACAAGGGUCAAGGAUACCCUAUGAGUGAUUAUGUGAGACAGUUGGAUAGUCACUUGUCUUUUGUCAGUAGAGAGAUAGCUUGCCACUCAAUAGAUGUGUACUGUGAGAGGCUGAGGAGAGGCAAUUAUAUUGAUCUCAAGGUACAUGCAUUUAGAGCAGCUCUGGAGAGGAUCCUAGUCGAGCACAAUCCUAAACUAAGACACGCAAAAGUACGCAGCAUCAAACACUCAGAUUCAAUGACAUUUGAAAAAUACUGCACUCUAGCUGUGGAACGCUUAAACCUGCCCCUGUCGGCGGCGGAGUGGGCCCGGGGCCACGCCGACCUGCGCCAGUGGCGCCGCGUAGUGGUGGUGUACACGCUGCGGCUUGCGCUGGCGCCGCUCGUCGAAACUGUCGUGUUACUUGAUAGACUGCUGUAUGUAUUGGAGAAAGGCUUUUCCUGCGAAAUAUGGCCAGUAUUCGAUCCAAAGUUGUCGCCAAGAAAUCAUAUAAUAAUCGCAAAAAGAUAAUUUUAACAAGUUCAAACUGUUUUACACAUUAAGUAUAUUAAUUUAACUAUGGGGUUUCGUGUUCUUCGAAUAUGUCUUAAAUUAGAAAAAUGCAUUCAAUUUUAUCAUGUUUACAACCUAUUUCGUUUUGUUCUUAAAUUAUACGAAUAUAGGCUUUAUCACCUACGUAUUUAAAAUGUUUUUACAAUAAAUAAUAUAUUCAAUUA